CCAGGAGGGGGGCUGGGCGGGGGCGGCCUCCCGCGAGCAUACAUUAUGCAAAUAGCGGGCGCCGCACGGGGCUGACCUGCCGCCUCUCGCCAUUCACCCGCGCCGCCUCGGGGGCGGAGGUGGCCGGGGAGGGGGCGCCCAUUGUUGCGCGCCGUACUUAAGGGGUCCUGAGGCCGGUCGUGUGCCACACUCGGUGCUCACACGAGCUGAUCUGAUCGCCGGCGACAUCACUCGGGAGACCAGCCCGGCGCGUGGCCCCUGCAGGCGAGGCGAGGCGAGGCGAGGCGAGGAGGCCAAGCCCAUUCCCUCCCUGAGCCCCUGCGAUCUUCCCCGGGCCCUCGCGCCUGCAGCAGGCACAGGCUACUCCCGGGUCGUACGGACCACCGUAAGUGCGCUUCGAAGGCCGUGUCCUCGGUUCACACUCAAGCCCUCUAAACCUCCGGUCCGUCUGUCGGUCCUGCACACCGCCACAAUGCCUGCUCCUUUGGAGACCUGCCUGUCUGAUCUCGACGGCGCCAGCAAUAACAGCAACAGCGACCUGUCCAGCUUCCUCACCGACGAGGAGGACUGUGCCAGGCUCCAGCCCCUAGCCUCCACCCCGGGGCUGUCCGCGGCAGCCCGCAGGAGCGCGCCCACCCUCUCCGGGGCAUCGAAUGUUCCGGGUGCCCAGGACGAAGAGCAGGAGCGGCGGCGACGGCGAGGUCGCGCGCGGGUGCGGUCCGAGGCGCUGCUGCACUCCCUGCGCAGGAGCCGUCGCGUCAAGGCCAACGAUCGCGAGCGCAACCGUAUGCACAACCUCAACGCGGCGCUGGACGCCCUGCGCAGCGUGCUGCCCUCGUUCCCCGACGACACCAAGCUCACUAAGAUUGAGACGCUGCGCUUCGCUUACAACUACAUCUGGGCCCUGGCUGAGACCCUGCGUCUGGCGGAUCAAGGGCUCCCCGGGGCCAGUGCCCGGGAGCGCCUCCUGCCUCCGCAGUGUGUCCCCUGUCUGCCCGGGCCCCCGAGCCCGGCCAGCGACACGGAGUCGUGGGGCUCCGGUGCUGCCGCCUCCCCCUGCGCCACCGUGGCGUCACCACUCUCUGACCCCAGUAGUCCCUCAGCUUCCGAAGACUUCGCCUAUGGCCCCGGCGAUCCCCUUUUCUCCUUUCCUGGCCUGCCCAAAGACCUGCUCCAUACGACGCCCUGUUUCAUCCCGUACCACUAGGCCUUUUUAAGGCAACGUCAAUACUUUCUUCCUCCCCCAGUCUAAGAGCAAUAAUAGAUGGGGAACCGGCUGAAGCCUCGGGGUCUACCCUUACCCCCAAGUGGAUGCUGGGAGCUUUAAAGGGUGUGUGGGGGGGGCGGGGGUGGAUACCUGACCACUUGUUAGGUUCCUGCACCCUCGCUGAAGCUGCCCCUCGGCCUGUUUCUCCACUCCCCGCAGCGGCCCCUCCUGCCCGCCCCCAGACGGCCUUUCGGUUUUUUUGGUUUUCUUUUUUUUUUUUUUCUUUUGCACUUUCUGAAGUUCAUAAAACCUUCUUUGUGACUGACUGGCUCAGAACUGACCCCAGCCACCACUUCAGUGGUGAUUUGGAAAAGGGACGAUGAGCCCCUGAAGACGAGGUGAAAAGUCAAUUUUACAAUUUGUAGAACUCUAAUGAAGAAAAACGAGCAUGAAAAUUCGGUUUGAGCCGGCUGACAAUACAAUGGCAAGGCUUAGAAAGGAGUGGGCUUCAUGCAUUAUGGAUCCCGACCCUCGCCACUGUGGGCUUGCUCCAGGAGGAACCUGAGUGCUUGCUGCAGCUAUUCAGGCACCGGGCUGGAGGGUACUUUAAUUUAUUCAGGAUGCUUCAUUCAUAUGAAAAUGUAUUUUUGUACAUAAAGAAUUUAUUCUAUUAUUAUGAGCUAUCAAAGUUUACAUUUUUGUACUGCAGAUGCUUCGUGUAAAUAAAAAAAAAUGAGAAAAAAACCUAAGUCAGCAGCUUCCUUGCCUAAUAGUGGUGUCUCUGGGACUUCCCCCCCCCCUUCCCCUUGGCAGCUCCACCUGUAAAGUGAAACAU